AUGGCGGGCCGCGACGCGGCGCCGUGCGCCAGCUCGGACGCCGAGGCCGAGGCCCCGCCGCGGCGCCACGGGCGCUGGGCGCCGGCGGCGCGCGCGCGGGCGCUGCUGGGGGGCGCGCUGCUGCUGGGCCUCGCGCUGCUCGCGGCCGCGGGGGCGGCGCCUCGGGGUGGCGGGGCGGCGCCUCGGGGCCAGCCGCUGGAGCACCUCGCCCUCCUCAGCGAGACGGAGGAGAGGGAGCCGCCCAUGCCUGUCCACGCCUUUGUGGACAGGUACGACGCGUCCUGGGGGCCCCUCCGCUUCGGCAGCGCGGGGGACUUCGACUGCCGCGCGUGCGUCUGGGGAGUGCGCGUGGUGUUCGACCAGGACGUGGAGCUCCGGGCGGAGCUGGAGGGCUCCACGGGGGCCCCGGGCCAGGCCGGCGGCUUCCAGUUGGUCCCCAACGCGUCCCCUGGGCUGGACCGCUUUCCCGUGGCGCUGCAGCUCAGCGGGGUCCACGGCAACACCGUGCAGCUGAACUUCACGAUCAAGGUGGGCGCCCUCGGGGUCCCGAGCCCCUGGCCAGGCAGGCUGCAGUACGGCGAGGCCGCGUCCCUCGUCGGCAUCGCCACGGGGGAGCCCGUGCCAAGGCUCAGCCUCGAGGUUCCCCUCGGCGACGGCAGGGAGGAGCUCCGGCAGCUGCAGCUGGCAGACAGGAAGGCUUGGGACAUUUUCUCCGAGAGGUCGCCACGAGGGCGGUCCGGGAAGGAGGCCUACGUCAAGGGGAGCGGCGUGGCCAUCCUGCUUGCAGGCACCCUCGUCCGCUACUUCCCCAACCUGGACAGGCACGUCGUCGCGCCGCUGGCACGGCAGGGCUACACGGUGGACGUGUACCUCAGUCUCAGCGUUGAGGGCUACGACUCCUGGCGCUCUUGGGGGAACCUCUUUGUCAUGCACCCUGCGUACCACGGCAAGAGCCUGGACGAAGUUAAGGGUAUGAUCAUCGAUGGGUUACGCGAUAGCGGGGCCAACGCCGGAGUCGUCAGGAUGCCCACGCAGGUCAUCCUGACCUCGAAGGGCCAAGCCUUCCAGGACCACGGGAAUUGGUGGACGUCAAUUGACAAUCAUCGGGACCUCGAGCAUGGCCAGGCCACCAGAGGCAACGCCGCAAAGCUGUACCAAGAGCUGGGCGAACUCUGGACGCUCGCGAAGGAGGCCGAGAUCCGGGCGAGCGAGAGCUACAAGUACGUGGUGAUCCUGCGGGACGACUCGAACUGGCUCUUCGACUUCGACCUGGACAGGCUGCUGAGCGUGGGCGGCCGCGUGGCGCUCGACGGCGGCGCCGGCCGCGCGCUGGGGCAGAUGUGCGGCCACCCGGGGGAGCCCCGCAUCUGCGACUACGCGUUCGUCGCCGAGCGGGAGGUGGCCGAGCCGUUCGGCUCCCUCUACCGGCUGAUGACGGACCCCGCCAGCAUGGGCGUCGCCCUGGACCCGCAGGCCGAGACCGUGCUCGAGAGCGAGCGCUACAUCUACCAGGUGGUGCAGGCUUUCGACAUCCGCUUCGAGCAGGUCCCCACCGCCCUGAUCCCCUUCGAGCGCUGCGGCCGGCUGAACGUCUCGGGCAGUACCGUCGUGUGCCGGCACAAGCCCACGGACCUUUCGUACAACGGCGUGCCCAAGCUGGGCGUCGACGCUAUGAUCCCAGCCGCAUGUGAGGAUAUGGUGAAGCCGUGGUGCUGCACCAGUACGACAUCCCGCGCCUCGCGCCUCGCGCUGCAGGCCAAGGAGGCCGAGCUCGAGGAACACCCCGUGCGGCUUGCCGAGGCCGCGGGCCGCAGCGUGGAGGAGGCGCGGCAUACGCUAGAGGAGCUCGUGGAUUGGGCCGUUGCUGAGGAGCCCGUUCUGGGACGCCUGAGGUCGUUCCACGGUUGCCCCGAGCGGGCCGUGCUGGAGGACGCCACAGCGUGCCUCCGGUGGACGGACGGCCGACGUGCGGCCGGGGCCCCGCCGCCGCUGGGGGCCCGGGCGAUGGCGGGGGCCCGCUUCACGCGGAGGGUUGCCGAGCCGCGCGGGCCAACCGUGCCCAACCAGACCCUGCGCGCCUGGGUCUUGACGCAGGUGGUCGCGGGUGUUGAUGCGAACGACAGGCUGACCGCUCUGCCUCAGGCGCAGCAAGUCGUCACGAAUGUGGAGAUGCUAUUCGGGCUGACGGCCACGCUGGGGCGCGCGAGGAUCAACGGGGCAGGACGUAAGAUGCCGGAACCGCCGCUCGUGGUAUCACGAGAGUGCUACAUGCUGGACCGAGCGUCGAUUCAGACGGGCUUCGGUUUGUCGCAGAAGGUUGCGAAUUUCGAGGCGGAUUACUUUCCGACGAGGUGCGACGACGCGGGGCUGGCGGUAGUCCACGCGCAGAUGUCCGUGGAGGCACCCCACGCGAUCUCCGCGUUCUCGAUCUGGGCGAUCUCCGUGGAGCGGUUCGAGGAGAAGGAGAAGGGCGGUUGCGACUCGCCGUCGAGGCGGGUCACCUUCGUGAUGCUCACGUCGCCCGCCGUCUCCAGCACGGCCCCCGCGACCGCCACCGGCCACGCCAACGGCCACGCCAACCGCGCGGCGCGCAACGACCAAGGCAACGCACCACGAGAAGCUGGUCAAGAUGGAGGUUCAGGCCCAG